AUGUAGCAUAGAGUUUCAAAGAAUAUUGCACAGUCAUUAUGGAGCGCGGACGCCUAUAUUGGAUGGAUAUGCUAGGCAGCGAUACCCCGGGUGGAAAAGAGAGUGCAUUCAAACUGGUUUUCAUAGCGACUGAGUAACUUCUUUAACUUACUUCCUGAUGUGACAUACAGUUAGCAGGAAGAACUGCGUGUCUGGAAAAGAAAACGGACACGUGGAUUAUCAUUGCUCCUCUAGCUCUAGGCAAGAGCCACGGGAAAAAAAACAUCCCCUCUGUGGCUAUCUGUCCUUAUUCUCCCGUGCUCUUCGCCUCAUCACACUGCAAUACAGUUAUGGAUCCCCGUUAAACGAAAGGAAAUGAUACGUCGGCGCGAACAUCGACCAAGCGUUUCUUUUUGUCGGCUUUCCUCACUCAUUCCAUAGCCUACUGAACUGCGACGUGUAGGAAAAAAAGCAAAUCUCAAACAUUAGCAUCUCUUGUUGAAUGGCAAUUCUGCAAAAACAUGGAAAGAUCUCUGGUCCAGAUGUGGUCUGCCUCAAAGAAACCCCGUCAGACACGAUCGGUGACGCCGGAGGUCAUCAGAAGAAUUGGAGUGAACAUAACACGAACUGGCCCAGACCCCUGGCCCGGGUAUGGACGGUGGUGCUACUGCUGGGGACAUGUCUGCUGUACUGUGCCCGCGUGGCCAUGCCCAUCUGUGCCGUCAGCAUGGCGGAGAAGUUCAACUGGACCAAGAGGGAACAGGGCAUGGUGCUGGGCAGCUUCUUCUGGGGUUACUGCUUCACACAGGUCCUCGGAGGCUACGUCAGCGACAGGGUUGGAGGUGAGAAGGUGCUCCUGCUGUCUGCGGCGGCCUGGGGGGCUAUGACAGCCUUCACGCCCGUCCUGGCCCACUUCUGCUCUCAGCCCAUCUUCUCCAUGACGCUGGCCCGCUUCCUGAUGGGGCUGCUGCAAGGUGUGCACUACCCGUCUCUGGUUAGCCUGUGUUCUCAGAAGGUGGUGGAGAGUGAGAGAGGAUUCCUCAUGAGCACUGUGGGCAGUGGCUCCUAUCUGGGGACACUGGUGAUUGGGGGGGCUGGUUCCCUCAUGCUGGACCUGUACGGUUGGGAGAGUGUGUUCUAUGUGUCUGGUCUACUCUCUGUCCUCUGGGCGUACUGCGUGUGGAAAUACCUGCUCAAAGGGGAAGGUCCUAUCAUCACAUUGGAGUCGCUGGGUCGUGGAGGGCCCCGGUCCAAACUGUCCAGGAGACACUGGCUACGUCUCUUCAAACAACCUGCUGUCUGUGCUGUGAUUAUUACGCACCUUUGCACUGCGAGCACCUUCUUCACACUGUUGUCAUGGCUACCGACUUACUUCAAGGACACCUUCCCUGAUGCCAAGGGCUGGGUGUUUAAUGUUAUCCCGUGGUUUGUGGCCAUCCCCUCUUCUCUCUUAAGUGGCUGUCUCUCGGACCACCUUAUCAGCCAAGGGUUUGACACUGCUGCUGUGAGGAAGCUUAUGCAGUUCUUCUCCAUGGGUGUGUCCAGUGUGUUUACCCUCCUGCUGUGUGGCACCACCACCUUCCCCACAGCUGUGGCCUUUGUCUCUGCCACCAUGGGCCUCACCACCUUCAGCCACAGCGGUGUGUCUGUGAAUGUUCAGGACCUGGCUCCGUCAUGUGCCGGGGCUCUGUUUGGUGUUAUGAAUACCUGUGGAGCCUUCUCAGGUGUGCUGAUGGUGUAUUUCUCGGGGUAUCUGAUUGAGGCUACAGGGUCGUGGGCAUCUGUCUUCACCCUUAUCACUGUGGUGAACCUGGUGGGCCUGGUCACCUUCCUGGCCUUCGCUGAGGCCCGCCGGGUCGACAUUGACUCUUCCAAGGGCCACUACCACAACAUCCACAUCUGAGUCCCAACGUUGAGAUGUGGCAGCAAGCCCUGGUCCCUCAACAACCAACUUUCUAAACCGAGGGGCCAAAACGGGACCAGGUCCCACACUAUACACAUCUGAGUCCCCGAAACAGGACCAGAACCUAUGCCCAUGUACCACAGAAUGCACACUGGAGACUUAAAUAUAGAAAGAGAACAGCGAGAGCCUUGGUCUGUUAAAUGUAUCAAAACAUACACAUCAGAAUUUGAGAAGUGAAAGAAGUGAAACAGCAGUGAAAGUGAAUCCUAGAUGUUUGUCAGAUCAUAGUCAGUGUUCUUCCUAUAUUAAUUUAACAACUCUCAAUUGUUUCUCUCUCUAUAUAGACAUUUGUGGAUUUGGCAAUUUCAGCUACAAGGUGUAUAAAAUCAAGCACACAGCCAUGUCAUCUCUAUAGACAAACAUUAGCACAGUAGAAUGGCCUUACUGAAGAGCUCAGUGACUUUCAACUUGGCACCGUUAUAGGAUGUCACCGGUUUGUCAAAUGUCCGCACUGCUAGAGCCUCCCCGGUCAACUGUCAGUGCUGUUAUUGUGAAGUGGAAACGUCUAAGAGCAACAACGGCCACACAAGCUCACAGGACGGGACCGUCGAGUACUGAAGCACGUAGAAAUCAUCUGUUCUCGGUCAAGUCAAGUUCUUCCACACCGAUCUCGGCAAACCAUUUCUGAAUGGACCUCGCUUUGUGCACAGAGGCAUUGUCGUGCUACAUUUUCACUACCGAGUUCCCAAACUGCCUCUGGAAACAAAGUCAGCACAAGAACUAUCGGGAGCUUCAUGGAAUGGGUUUCCAUGGCCGAGCAGCCGCACACAAGCCUAAGAUCACCAUGCACAAUUUCAUGCGUCGGGUGGAGUGGUGUAAAGCUUCCUGCCAUUGGACUCUGGAACAGUGGAAAUGCGUUCUCUGGAAUGAUGAAUCACACUUCACCCUCUGGCAGUCCGAUGGACGAAUCUGUGUUUGGCGGAUGCCAGGAGAACGCUACCUACCCCAAUGCAUAGUGCCAUCUGUACAGUUUGUGGAGGAGGAAUAAUAGGCUGGGGCUGUUUUUCAUGGUUCGGGCCCUUUAGUUCCAGUGAAGGGAAAUCUUAACACUACCUCAUACAAUAACAUUCUAGAUGAUUCUGUCUUUCCAACUUUGUGGCAAGAGUUAGGGGAAGUACCUUUCCUGUUUUAGCAUGACAAUGCUUCCGUGCACAAAGCGAGGUCCAUACAGAAAUGGUUUGCUGAGAUCGGUGUGGAAGAACUUGACUGGCCUGCACAGAGCCCUGGCCUCAAACCCAUCGAACACCUUUGGAAUGAAUUGGAAUGCCGAAUGCGAGUCAGGGCUUAUUCCCAACAUUAGUGGCCGACCUCACUAAUGCUCUUGUGGCUGAAUAUAAGCAACUCCCCGCAGCAAUGUUCCAACAUCUAGUGGAAAGUCUUCCUAGAAGAGAGUAAGCUGUUAUAGCAGCAAAGGGGUGACCAACUUCAUAUUAAUGCCCAUCUUUUUAGAAUGAGAUGGUUUGACGAGCAGGUGUCCACAUACUUUUGGUUAUUUAUAUACAGUUGAAGUCGGAAGUUCACCUUAGCCAAAUACAUUUAAACUCAGUUUUUCACAAUUCCUGACAUUUAAUCCUAGUAAAAAUUCCCUGUCUUAGGUCAGUUAGGAUCACCUCGUUAUUUUAAGAAUGUGAAAUGUCAGAAUAAUAGUAGAGUAAAUGAUUUAUUUCAGCUUUUAUUUAUUUCAUCACAUUCCCAGUGGGUCAGAAGUUUACUUACACUCAAUUAGUAUUUGGUAGCAUUGCCUUUAAAUUGUUUAACUUGGGUCAAAUGUUUUUGGGUAGCCUUCCACAAGCUUCCCGCAAUAAGCUGGGUGAAUUUUUUUCCCAUUCCUCCUGACAGAGCUGGUGUAACUGAGUCAGGUUUGUAGGCUUCCUUGCUCGCACAUGCUUUUUCAGUUCUGCCCACAGAUUUUCUAUAGGGUUGAGGUCAGGGCUUUGUGAAGGACACUCCAAUACCUUGACUUUGUUGUCCUUCUUCAAUAUAGCCACCUAAUUUUCCUCCCUCAUGAUGCCUAUCUAUUUUGUGAAGCGCACCAGUCCCUCCUGCAGAAAAGCACCCCCACAACAUGAUGCUUCCACCCCCGUGCUUCACGGUUUGGAUGGUGUUCUUCGGCUUGCAAGCCUCCCCCUUUUUCCUCCAAACAUAACGAUGGUCAUUAUGGCCAAACGGUUCUAUUUUUGUUUCAUCAGACCACAGGAUAUUUCUCAAAAAAGAACGAUCUUUGUCCCCAGGUCUUUUUUAUGGCGGUUUUGGAGCAGUGGCUUCUUCCUUGCUGAGCGGCCUUUCAGGUUAUGUCGGUAUAGGACUAAUUUUACUGUGGAUAAAAAUACUUUUGUACUUAUUUCCUCCAGCAUCUUCACAAGGUCAUUUGCUGUUGUUCUGGGAUUCAUUUGCACUUUUUCCACAAAAGUACGUUCAUCUCUAAGAGACAGAACGCGUCUCCUUCCUGAGCGGUAUGACAGCUGCGUGGUCCCAUGGUGUUUACUUGCGUACUAUUGUUUGUACAGAUGAGCGUGGUACCUUCAGGCAUUUAGAAAUUGCUCCCAAGGAUGAACCAGUCUUGUGGAGGUCUACAUUUCUUUCCUAAGGUCUUAGCUGAUUUCUUUAGAUUUUCCCAUGAUGUCAAGCAAAGAGGGACGGAGUUUGAAUGCAGGCCUUGAAAUACAUCCACAUGUACACCUCCAAUUCACUCACAUAAUGUCAAUUAGCCUAUCAGAAGGUUCUAAAGCCAUGACAUAAUUUUCUGGUAUUUUCCAAGCUGUUUAAAGGCACAGUCAACUUAGUGUAUGUAAACUUCUGACCCUCUGGAAUUGUGAUACAGUGAAAUAAUCUGUCUGUAAACAAUUGUUAGAAAAAGGACUUGUGUCAUGCACAAAGUAGAUGUCCUAACCGACUUGCCAAAACUAUAGUUUGUUAACAAGAAAUUUGUAGAGUGGUUGAAAAACGAAAUUUAAUUGUGUAUGUAUGUAUGUAUGUAUGUAUGUAUGUAUGUAUGUAUACACUGCUCAAAAAAAUAAAGGGAACACUGACUCCAAGUCAAUCACAAUACAUGCUUUGGACACUACGCUGACAGACACAGCAAACCUUUUUGCCACAGCUCGCAUUGAUGUGCCAUCCUGGAUGAACUGCACUACCUGAGCCACUUGUGUGGGUUGUAGACUCCGUCUCAUGCUACCAAUAGAGUGAGAGCACCGCCAGCAUUCAAAAGUGACCAAAACAUCAGCCAGGAAGGAUAGGAACUGUGAAGUGGUCUGUGGUCACCACCUGUAGAAUCACUCCUUUUUUGGGGGUGUCUUGCUAAUUGCCUAUAAUUUCCACCUUUUGUCUAUUCCAUUUGCACAACAGCAUGUGAAAUUUAUUGUCAAUCAGUGUUGCUUCCUAAGUGGACAGUUUGAUUUCACAGAAGUGUGAUUGACUUGGAGUUACAUUGUGUUGUUUAAGUGUUCCCUUUAUUUUUUUGAGCAGUGUAUAUUGUAUUCGAACAGCUAGCAUGUCAUUGCACUACCACUAGUUGCAAUGCACCAAUCCUCCCUUCCCAUCCACUACCCUUGCCACCACUGCUGAAAAAUAAUCCCAGGGGAACACUGAUAGUGCUUCAGUAUUUGAAUUUAAAGAACCAUUCCUGCCAUGUUUUUGGUUGUUUGAAUUUCAGCCAUGUUUGGGCCUGUUGGGCUGGGACUGUGGAGUAGCGGUCGUGGAAACAGUGACUGUGGUUAACAGGUUCAGUAUGACCUCAGUGUCUCCUGGUUCCACACACAGGUCUGUGUUUAUGUUGGAGGAAUAUGAGGAGAAUGACGUGUGUGAGGAGUCAGUUUGACGGUGGGUGCUGUACAGGUAACCCUGCCUAAAGUGCACCCACCGAGCAAGAUGUGUGUUACUGGCUGAUGAAGGAAGCCCCACUCUGUGGAGACUAUUGGGAAAGCAGACUAAAAGAAAAAUACACGACUGUGUGUGGCAUCUAAUUAGGAGGUGACUAGUCACCCAUACACCCACUCUGAUGUACUGUACAAUUUACCUGCCGUCGUCUGUCACCAUGGUUACAUGCUCGUCAGUGUGCUUCACUGCAUUUUGUUUUGUCGUCGAGAGACUGUAGCCUCAACAUACAUUUAGCUAGAAGGAUUUGUUUUAUGUUCAAUUAAGAAGGCCAAAGGUUAUUACGUUUCUUUUUAUUAAAUGUAAAGAUGAUCAUUGCAUGACGUGCUCAACAAAUACCUGAAUCAUAUUUUUUUUUAUGUAUUUCAUUUAUACGGAAAUUGAUAUCAAUGAUGUUGUCAAUAAAGCAUAGGAGACCUGUAGAAAGA